CAAGGUUCUUUACCAGGCGAUCUCUUCCAUUUGACAGAUCACCAAAAUCGAAUAACAAUAGGGCUGAGAGCAAGGGCUCUUGAGCCAUGAAGAGAGUGAUUAUUUUCGUCAAUGGCACCGAUGUAAACGGCAAGAUUACGACUGCGCAGUUGAUGUCAAUGACGUUAUUUGACUUUGUUUACUGUAAAGCUUGAAUUCAAAAUGUCGCGGGAUUCAUUGUUGGAACGAUUUCUAGGAUGCGUUUGAUUCAAAAUUUAAGAUUAUGGAACACCUUGUUUAAUGUUAAAGAACGGGGGAUUAUGGGACAUUGUCGCGAAAAAUGGUUUAAGAAUUAUUUUUAAAUUAAUUUUCUGUAAACCUUUCUAAGAGUUAGUGUGGAAAUGGUAUUUAUGGUGACGCAUUCUGUCGGGGAAUUGUUGAUGGCAGCCGGUUUGAAAUUUGAAAUGACGGCGAGAAGACUUUUUACACCGCAGGGUGGUGAGAUAGAUGAUAUUAAAUUAAUUAGGGAUGAUGAUAUUUUGUAUGUAUCGAGUGGGGAGGACUUUGUUCAUAAAAGUAAAAGCAUUGAAGUCAAUAAUGCUGAAAGAGAUUCUGACUGGAUCACACUAAAUGUGGGUGGAAAAUGUUUCAUUACAACUCGGAGUACUCUUACAAACAAGGAACCCAUGAGUAUGCUAGCAAGAAUGUUUACGUGGAGUGAAGAUUCCGAAUGGAAAAUACAGCCAAGUAAACAAGAUCACACUGGAGCAUUUCUAAUAGAUAGAAGUCCAAUGUACUUUGAACCUUUGCUAAAUUAUUUAAGGCACGGACAAUUGAUUCUUGACACCAAUCUCAAUGCAGCAGGAGUUUUGGAAGAAGCUCGUUUUUAUAGAAUAGAAGGUGCUAUUGGCAUUUUGGAAACUAUGGUAUCGCGACAGGGAACCAGGGAUAAAGGAAUGGCACCGUUAACGCGUCGCGACGUCCUCAAAGCAAUCCUUUCGACGUCCACAAAUUCUGAACUUCGUUUUCAAGGGGUCAAUCUGGCGGGAGCUGACUUAUCGCGACUCGAUUUGCGAAACAUCAAUUUCAAGUAUGCCAAUCUACGCGGUUGUCGAUUGGUCGGUGCAAACUUGUCAAAAUGCUGCUUGGAACGUGCGGAUUUAUCUUGCGCAAAUCUUGAGGGCGCACAGCUGAUCUGCGUGAAGAUGCUGUGUGCCAAUCUCGAGGCUGCCAAUCUACGCUCCUGUAACUUCCAGGAUCCACUCGGUUUGCCUGCUAUAAUGGAAGGGGUUAACUUGAAAGGUGCCAAUCUCGAAGGCAGCAAUAUGUCUUCCGUGAAUCUUCGUGUGGCUACUUUAAAGAAUGCUAUACUGAAGAACUGCGAUCUUAGAUCGGCUGUUCUAGCCGGAGCAGAUCUUGAGUGCUGCGAUCUAUCCGGAUCUGAUCUUCAUGAAGCAAAUUUACGGGGUGCCAAUCUCAAAGACACAACCUUUGAGUUGAUGCUGACGCCACUUCACAUGUCCCAGACUGUACGAUGAUAAUAAAUGAAAAGAUACGUAUCCCAGAGGAAGCGUAGCAACGGUCCUGAAGGGUAUGCAGAUCCAUACAAAUCCUACACUACAUUCUAUCCUGUCACACAUUUUUUUUUGAACAAUUUUCCAAACACCUCUAACGGAUUUGCAGUUUCAAUCACGAGGAUUUACUGUAACGAAAUAUUCCUUUUGGAUGAGAAUAUUCACGUAUAUAAUAAAUCCUUCAUAGAUGUAUAUUAUAAUAGCUAUAACGCCAUUACAAAGCUGCGUUAAACCCUCAUUAAUCCCUUAAUAAUGUGUUUUCGGGUAUUUGUGAAUCAGCAACUAUAAAUUUUCCAUGCUUUGACUUGUAACCUGUGUAAAAUCAGACAGGUAUUGAUUUACUUACAAGGUCCUUUCCCUCGUGUUGGAUUUUACAAACGAGAAGUUGCAGUUGAUGUUUGAAAACAUUAAUAAUUCUCUAAGAGGCUUCGUAAAAGUUACCUUGUACAUUUUUAUGUCAACUAAAUAUUCUCAUGAGGAUUUAGGUAGCAUUACUGACUUCAUACUCUACUCGACAAGUCACAGACACAUCAUUUUAUCGUGUCAUUUAUCGCGAUACGAAAGUUUCCCGCAGUUCCUACCCUCUGAAUAAUUUAUCAUCAAGUAAUCUCGAAGGAAAGCCUCCUACCAAGAUGCAGGAAGCAGCAGCUUCUGUGAACUGUUCUGUGGGAUCAGAGGGAGAGAGUCGGGAAAAGCAUCGAGGGAGUGAAGAAUCUUAGGACAAGGAACACUUGCGACGUCCUUCCGGUUCAUUUUCUCUCGUCGAAAUGUAAAGGAGAGCGAAGGAGAAGAGAAAUUCGGCGGAGCCAUUCAAUGCAGACUGAAUACGAGGCGCAGCGACUAAAUCUCUUUGCAGCGUCAUCACUUUUUACAAAAUGUUGGGGGAAUGAAUUCUUCACCGUUUACAUUGACUAAACUUGUGCUCCGGCAUAAAGAUACUACAAGGGUGAACAUAAUUCGAAACCCUUAGCUUCAUAGCCUCAUGUUUACCACGAUGCUUAACACCCCUUAAUGCAGUCAUUAACAUAGUAUGUUUAUCCCAGGCGAUUAUAUCCCGCAUGACGCCAUUGAAAUUUCACGUAGUACUGGCUUUCCAAAAUGUACUACACAUAAGAUUCGUUCGUUUCAUGCUUCAUAACAGAAAUUGUACUUCAACAAAAUAAAAUUUCAAUAUCUCCAAGUAUAUUUAUAAAAUAUAAA